UGGUGCCCCUUCGCAUGCAUCGAUAGUAUCGAUUAAGCGAAUCGAUAGAGCGGGUGUCGAAAAAAAGGGCAUUGUGUUUUAAUUUUACGCUAAGUAUUACACAUUCUAGGAAGUAGGAAGUAUUCUCAAAAUCGAAGAAAAUUGUUUAACGAUGUGUAUAGUAAGGAUUUAAUGUUCAAAGUUGUGGAAUUUUACCAGAAGUGUUGAACGAAAGUAUUGUUUGAAGAAAAAUUAAUAUCCAGAAGGAAGCAUGAAAGUAGUGACAUUGUGUAUUUACGUUCUCGUGAUUAUUUGGGUGAAAGUAAGCUCCCGUCCGACGAAUGAUAACUAUCGGAAUAUUGAAAUCGAUUCCAUUCUCAACGAAAAGGAAGGCAAUGGAACGAUCUAUUUGCAUGUUCUUUCCGACGGUACAAUGGUUCGACGAAAAACUUACCGAAAAGUAGUGAAUGGCGUUGAAGUUGUUGUAGAAGAAGGCUCAUACUCCUUUAUUGGCCCGAACAAUCUUCUUUACAAGACCACCUACACGGCAGAUGAACGAGGAUAUCGGGCAAAAAGUUCUAUUUCCAACGCAACAGGUUCGUUCGUAGAAGACUCCAUUGAUUCGAAAGUACUCAUCUCCCUUCUCGGAUAAAGGAAAUAUAAUAAUUAGCUGAAAAAAUAAACAUUACUUCCUGC